GCACAGAACGGACGACUUUCGGUUUGCUUGUUGGUUAAUGUGACGAUAACGAGAAAAUUCCAUUGAUUGCGUAUAGCACUUUGGGGAUCAGGAUUAUAUAAGCAACGAAAUACAAUCAAUCAACUAUCAGUUCAAGUAUUGCCUUCCUGGAGUUAGCACUUCAAGCAUUAGCCAAAAAUCAAACAAAAUGUUCCGACUUUUGAUCGUUUCCGCCCUGAUCGCCACGAGCUUUGCUCGCAGCCUCUCAGAAGAAGCCCACGCCAACAUUCUGUCCUACAACAACGUUCUCCAUGACGAUGGCCACUACAACUGGGCGUUCGAAACCAGCAACGGAAUCGCAUUCCAUGAGGAAGGACUCGGUGCUCACCAAGCCAAUGGAGCCUACUCCUACACCGGCCCAGAUGGCGUUCAGUACCGCGUGAUCUACGUCGCCGACGAGAACGGAUUCCGUCCGGAGGGAGCUCAUCUGCCAACUCCACCACCAACCCCAGAGCACGUGAUCAAGUCUCUGGAAGAGAUCCGUGCCAACCCACCCAAGGACCAGAAGGACUUCAGCUUGGAAGCCCUGGAUGCCACCAUCCGCCGGCUGAAGCAGUAAAACCCAUUGAGAUAAUCAAAUUGACUGUUUGUUUUAGUGCAAUCGUUAUUAAUUGUGUAGGUAGCUCAACUCAUUCAAUAAUAGAACACGUUUUGAAAUUUAAUGUCUAUGACG